AGCUAGUCUUAAGCAGAGGGGCGCUUACAAAUCGUUGGGUGUGCAUGCUUGCGUGUAGGGGACACCAAACAAGAUCAUGUUGUUUUGUGAAUUAUGUUUUAUAUUUAGAUUCCACUCACAACUUUUACAACGAAAUAGCUGGCACGUGGAAUGAUGUUCGAAACCACAUUGAACAAUCUUCUUUUUGGUUUCUGUUCCCAAACAAGUACGACACUAUUGAUGAGGGGCGCCAAAUUUGGACAGGACUUUCGAGAAACACAUCGACAUUGAGACCGUUUACUGCACCAUCCGACUGUUUCAAGCUACAACGGCACGAACAAACGCUAGUGGAGGAGACUGACAACUGUCAUCUCGAGCUUCCAUUCAUUUGUCAAGAAGUAUCGUUGCCAAGCAAGUCGACAACGUCAAUCCCUUUAGGAAGCACGAUAAACUCAAGAACUGGAUCGGAAGAAAAGCCGCCGAACACAUUGUCUGGCGGUUUGAUUGGAGGCAUUGUAGCCGCUGCUGUGGCGAUUACCGUAUCCAUACUAGUCUGUAUUGUAGUCAUACGGAGAAGAGAACAAAGAAAGAAACGUGAGGAUGCAAACAAGUGUGCAACAGAGAUGGUGACGUCAAAAAACGAAACUGAAAGUUCGGGCGACAUUUACUCGGUAUCAGCUAAGGUCAAGAGUAGAAACGUAAUGGAUUCCCUAGCAUAUGGGAUCGUAAACAAACGACAAACAAACAGACCGGUUUCAUCAGCCCGAAAUAUUCCGGUCGAUUCAGAAAGAAACUCGAAUAUUGCGGAGAAAACAUCGGUUGAUGACAAAGGACACACUUAUUUGCACCAUGGUAACACCAGAAUUGAAAAAGUACUCGAGGAAGCUAGCGGAGAUGAUGAAUAUAACACACUUAAUGAACUAAUGGACCCGGAGGACGUUAACAAGUCAGACAAUGUCUACAACCAUGUGCAAGGUAUUGACAACGACAUAUACGAUCACACAGCGGAAGACUCGGAGGCGCAUGAUAGACUGGCUUCGUAUUCACAUGUAAGGGGGCCAUUCCCUUCAGAAGAACACCGACAUGAUGUAUACGAUCACACAACGGAUGACUUCGAGACGCCUGACAGACGGGAUUUGUUUUCACUUGUUAGGGGGCCUUCAAAACACCGACAUGAUGCAAAAAACAAUAUAUAGAAACGAAAAGUUGUUGGUUGACGAAGUUAACUAUGAGUGUGACUUAAAAAAUGAGAUAAGACAAUUUCGCAUAAUAAAUUGAACGAGUGUUAAAAUUAAUUAUGAAUAUGAUGUACUAAAAUAGUGCAGACUAGUGUGUUCUCGUUUGCAAAGAUAGAGCGUUAAAAUAACAUAAAUAAAUACGUGUUACGUUAGUGUUUAUUAAUAUUGAUUUACAAUUUCAAUAUGUGGUAACUGAUAAUAUAAAAUGGUUAAAUGGAUAUAUACAAACAUUUCAAAGCCAGGUGUUCUCACAUUAUGAUUGGGGUUCUGCGUGACUUGACAAAAAGGGAACAAUUAUGCUGUAAAUAUAAAAGCUAUAAGAGUGUAAUUUGUUGAUUAUUGGUUAUUUUUAUUUUUAGGUGUUAUAUGCAUAUGGUUAUAUCUACAAUAUUUAUACAAUAUUUGAUGUGUAAGGAAAUAUUUUCA